AUGCAGAUGCAACAAGCAAUGCUUGCCGUCCUCACACAGCAGCAUCAGCCCGCCGCUGCACAGAUGCCGUUUUCAUUUCAAUUACCACCACCGUCGUUAACGUACCGAUUCCCUCCUCCUCCAUCUCCACACUUCUCGCCAGAUCAACCAAAUCGACCGAUCAAGCAACAAAAGUGUAAUGAAACGACACAACAAAAACGCAACGUCAAGCCCUACGACUGUGCCUCUCCACCGACGCAAACUCCAAACAGAACAACUCGCCAAACAACGAAAAAACAGAACUCGAACUCCUCUCCUUCUGUCGCAGGGACUCCAGCUGAUAUCUCGCGAGCUCCGCAGGCAACAACAAACACAACUGACACGACGAUGGAGCUCGAACAACAUUAG